AUGCUGGGUUCCGAUAAUUCAGCAAAUCCUCAAAGUUUCUUGGAUGGGACACUCAAGGCAUUACGUGCUCUUGGAUGUUCUAGUGAGAGAGUCAUGGAGCUCGCAGCAUACAAACUAGAGGAUAUGGCCAAUACAUGGCUUGAAAUUGUGUUGCAAGGAAGGCCAGCAGGAGCAGCACCACUAACAUGGGACGAGUUCAGUAAGUUGUCCAUGGAUCAUUUUCCUCCGGACAGCCUGAGAUAUGCUCCUUACUUAGUGUCUACCCAAGAAGCUAGAGGUCAGAGGUUUGUUAAUGGGUUGGUUGGUCGUCUAUACACUGCAGUAGCCCCACAGAUGAAGACUUUAUCCUACUCUGAUGCAGUCGAUCUCGCUAGAAAUAUUGAAAACAAGGGACAUGAUGAGCAUACAACUAUUUAUUUACGUAAGAAGGCCAAGAUAGGAGGGUCUUUCAGUGGCGGUUUUAGUGAAAAUCGCAUAGCAGGAAAUCAGGGACAACACCAACAGGGUUCUCAGACAGGGACACACUUGUCUUCACAAUCCACAUAUAGACCACAUUACAGACUGGGUGGUGCAGGUGCUGGAAAUAGAGGUCGAUGUGCUAGAGAUCGUGCUACUAUGAAUCAAGGACAAGGGAAUGCUGGUAGAGGAUCUACUCACUCCUAUGUGUCCUCAUACUUUGCUUUGAGGUUUAGUAGACAACCUGAGAUAUUGAAUUAUCCUUUUCUAGUUGCUACUCUUGUUGGAGAGUCUCUAUUAGCUGAAUACGUGUACUGUGCUUGUCAGAUUCGGGUUGAGGGAUUGCCUCUGGUACGAGAAAUAGAUUUUGGUAUUGAUUUGCCACCUGACACACAUACCAUAUCGAUUAACCCAUAUUGGUUGGAACCAGUAGAGUUGAGCGAGCUAAAGAAACAGUUGCACGAUUUGUUAAAUAAGGGUUUCAUCAGACCUAGUGUUCGCCAUGAGGUGCACCAGCAUUGUUCGCACUUGAACAAGAUAACAAUACGCAAUAAAUAUACUUUGCCUCGUAUAGACAAUAUGUUUGAUCAGUUACAAGGAGCUACCCACUUUCCAAAGAUUGACGUGCGGGUGUUCAAGCCGUUUUUGGACAGAUUUGUAAUAGUAUUUAUUGAUGAUAUCCUGAUAUAUUCUCGUAGCCAAGGAGAGCACGAGAAUCAUCUGAGGACUAUGUUGCAGACAUUGCGAGAGCAUUGGCUUUAUGCUAAGUUCUCAAAGUGUGAAUUUUGGCUAGACUCAGUAGCAUUUCUAGGGCAUGUUGUAUCCAAGGAUGGAAUUAUGGUGGAUCCCAAAAAGACAGAAGAUGUACAAAAAUGGCCCAGACCUAAUUUUUCUACAAAGAUUCGUAACUUUUUAGGCUUGGCAGACAAUUAUAGGCAUGCGCAGGAUUUCUCCAGAAUAGCAGCGCCACUGACCAAGCUAACACAGAAAAAUACAAAGUCUCAAUGGAUAGAGGAAAGUGAGAAGAGCUUUCAAAAACUCAAAACAUGUUUGACAAUUGCGUGA